AUGGAGGGCGGCGCGCCGCGGGCGCCGGGGCUCCGGGCCUACGUGGCCCUGUCGCAGCUGCUGGGCCUGGCGGCGCUGGCGGCCACGGGCGCCUGGCUGGGCCGCUACCGGGGCGGCGUGGCCUGGGCCGGCGCGCUGCGCCUCAACGCGCACCCGCUCUGCAUGGUGCUGGGCGCCGUCUUCCUCCAGGGCGACGCCCUCCUGGUCUACCGCGUCUUCCGGACGGAGGCCAAGCGCUCGGCCAAGCUGCUCCACGCGCUGCUCCACGGCUCCGCGCUGCUCGUGGCCGUCGUGGGCCUCGCCGCCGUCGUGGAGGCGCACGGGGAGCAGGGCAUCGCCCACGCCUACAGCCUGCACGGCUGGUGCGGCGCCGCCGCCCUGGCGCUCUACGCGCUGCAGUGGCUCCUGGGCUUCGGGUUCUUCCUCUUCCCCGGCGCGGCCGCGGCGCUGCGCGGCCGCUACAAGCCCCUGCACGUCUUCGGCGGCGUCGCCCUGCUCGGGCUCUCCGUGGCCACCUGCCUGCUGGGCAUCACCGAAAUGCUGCUCUUCAACAUCAGGGACUCCUACAGCCAGUUCGUGCCUGAGGGUGUCCUGGCCAACACCCUGGGGCUGCUGCUGGUCACCUUCGGGCUGGUGGUGGGCUACAUCGUGACGCGCGAGGACUGGAAGCGCCCGCCGCUGCCCGAGGAGCUGGCCCUCUCCAUGGACUUCAAGACCCUCACGGAGGGCGAGAGCCCCGGCGGCAGCCAGUGACGCCUCCAGCCCCCCUCCGGCCCCUGGGUGCCUUGUCCCUGCCGGAUCCUACCCAGGAAACCCGGCUCCGGUGCCUUUGCACGGGGCUCUGCCGGGCGCGGGGGGCAGCCGCGAAAGGAAACGCUUGUUGGCGUAACGCUGGCCGCAGGGCGCAGCGUCAUGUGGCCUCGUUCCUGCCGUGCUCUGCCUCCUCGCAGCCCAGCUUUGCAGCCGCCAGCGAACCCUCCCGGCCCGUGGGACGAGCCUCUCCCCGGGGUAAAUGCCGGGGCUGGACCCUGCCCUGCCACAGGCAUCGCUCCGUAGCAGCCUGCCCUUACCCGGCAGCCCCGGUCCUACCUCCCAGCCCCGGUGCGCCGUGGAUGCUUGUGGGCAUCCUGUUUGCAAAGAGAGUCGGAUCCAUCAGUGGCCUUUUCCUGGAAAAACUCCUUCUGCUCUCAGGCUGACUCAGGUUGAGUCACCUGCCCUGCCGGGACAGCGGCUCCCGGCAGCCUUCCCUGCUCCCCGCUCGCCAGGCAGCGCGUUCAUCUUACGCUUCCUGAACCGGUGUCGAAUGACUGCCCUGCUGACGGAAAUCAUAGGCCAGGCUGUCCCCAAGGGGUUUUUCCCUGCUGUUAAGUCCCUGCAAUCCAGAAGCAGCCGCGCUCUGAGCUGAAUCUGCAGAGAGCCCCGGCCCCUGCAGCAAACGUGCCUCUGAAAAAGAAAAAUACAGCAACUGCCACGGUCCAUUUGCAUUUCUCCGUGCCAAAGAGCAGAUCUGAUGUUUACAAUUGCCAAGGUUUUCUGUUCGUUGUUUUUAACCCACCUCGUUCUAGCAGCCGGGUGUCAGGGCUGCUGCCCCCCCCCCGCGCCCCCAAAGGCUUCCCUGGGCGGCUCAAAGCAACGCAAACGGGCUGUGCGAUGUUAACGCCUUACUGCUCGCAAGGUUUUCCCCUCCCGUGCCGCGUAUUGUCUGCUUAGUGGGUG